AUGGACAAAAGAAACGUCCUCAACAAGGCUCACCUUGUGGAGCCAAUCAUUCGCCACACCAUCCAGGACUCUCUCUUCUACAAACAACACCUUUACCUUACCAACGAACUGACCAUUGUUCCUGUGGUGGUCAACCUUGUCCACUACAUCGGAGGCACCAACUCCAGCGGACGGCCCAGCCCUUUUCUUUGCUGUCUACUUCGAAUGUUGGAGCUCGAACCUGACCAAGACAUCAUUUCGUUGUACCUUCGACAGAAUGGUUACAAUGAGUUCAAAUACUUGACUGCACUUACACUUCUCUACUGUCGAAUGGUUGCUGCACCAAAGGCAGUGUUCACGUUGUUUGACGAGUACAUUGUCGACUACAGACGGCUUCGGUUUCGCUUGAAGCUGCCACAGUUUGUCAAUGACUUGCCUGUGCAUUACAUCGUGAUCCAUAUGGACGAAUGGAUAGACUCCAUGGUGGAGAAUGAGAGGGUGGUGGAUUUAGCUUUGCCGUACCUUCCGCCUCGACAGAUGUUGGUACAGAAGGGAGAGGUAGAUCCUCGUCAAUAUGCUGUCAGCGAGGAUGAGGCUUCACUGUCAGAUUACGAGAGUGACAGUGACUAA